CACACCUCUCGAUCAGCUCUUUGGCUCUAGCUAGCUCUGCUAUCGAGCAGUAACUUCGCGGCAGCAGCGACGGCGAGAAGGCAGCUGCAGUUGGACCGCCGGCGAGGAAACUGCCAUCAUCAUGCAACGGGACCAGGCGGAGAAGAGGGGGAAGGUGAAGAAGGGGUGGCUGGCCGUGCGGGUCGGCCAGGCGGAGCAGCAGGGCAACGGGUUCCGGCGGUUCGUCAUCCCCAUCGCGUACCUCUACCACCCGCUCUUCCAGCGGCUGCUGGAGGCGGCCCGGGACACGUAUGGCUACAACUCGGCCGGCCCGCUCUGGCUGCCCUGCUCCGCCGACGAGUUCCUCCGCCUCCGCGCGCUCGUCGACCGGGAGACGGCGCACUCACACUCCUCCUCCUCGCACCGCGUGCACGUGCAGGCCGGCGGCCACCAGCAGCACGGCUACUCCUUCGCCCCGUGCACCCGCGCCAAAGUCACCUGCUGAUCGACCAACAUCGACCAUCCAGCCCCGGCCCGCCGGCUUUCGUCUGUUGAGCACCGAGAGCGCGCGAGCGGCGGGAGGUCAUCUUUCUGCCGGAGACGACACACAUGUACUCGUAGUACAUAGAGAGGGAGAGAGAUACCAGAUACAGAAACGCAUGAGAGGCAGUGAUUAGUCAGUUACCGGCGAGAGCUGGUAUAGCACAGGCCAAGAUUGGAUUGGUCCUUUUUGUGUUGAUGAUUGGUAUCAGGUGGUCGUCUGAUGAAACCAGUAAGCUUUUCGAUUUUAUUUUCCUAGGAUUAACAUGAUUUAUGCUGUCAAGCCUGGCGUGUUUGUCCGAUGUUUAAGUUAUGUGUUGGGACCCCGAUGCUUUGGUCAGAGACAGGUGCUUUCCGCUUGCCGUCCAGAUUUGUAACUUUGGUCUUGGUCAUCUGUGCUGGGUGGUGUUGCAAGCUUCACUGGCAAUACAAAAACAUUUGUUCAGUUUUGUAA